AUGUCCGGAAAAGUCUACUUCAUCUCAGGUGCCAAUCGUGGUAUUGGUUAUGAUUUCGCCAAACAAUUAUCAUCAAUUUCUUCAAAUACUGUUAUUGCAACAGCUCGUGAUCCUGCUUCAGCCACUGAUUUACAAGAAUUAGCUAAAUCAAAUCCUAAGGUUCAUAUUGUUAAGCUUGAUGUUGCUGAUGAGCAUUCAUUUGAACAAUUAGAUGAUCAAUUGAAAAACAUUGCUGCAAAUGGUAUUGAUGUCUUAAUUUCAAAUGCUGGUAUUGCACAAUCUUUCCAACCUUUAUUAGAAACUCCAAAGGAAAGACUUGUUAAUCAUUUUAAUGUUAAUGCUGUUGGUCCAAUUCUUUUGGUUAAAGCUCUUUACAAAUAUUUACAAAAAUCUCAAACUAAACAUAUUGCUUUCAUUUCAAGUUUAGCAGGUUCAAUUAAUGAUUUUGUUCCAUUUAGUACAUCUGCUUAUGGUCAAUCAAAAGCUGCUUUAAAUUAUGCUAUUAAGGAAUUCAGUUUUGAAUUAGAAUCUGAAGGUUUCACUGUGGUUGCUUUACAUCCAGGUGUUGUUUCAACUGAUAUGAAUAUAAAUGCAUUUCAAUAUUUUAAAGAAAAUAAACCUGAAGUAUUAGAAUUAAUGAAAGAUUAUGAAAGUUUAACACCUGAAGAAAGUGCUAAAAGAUUAUUGAAAACAAUUACUACUUUAUCAAAAGAAUCAAAUGGUAAAUUUUUUGAUGAAAAUGGUAAAGAAGUUUCUUAUUAG